AUGCGGGGAUUAGGUUUCCAUCAGUCUCAUUGUUUCUUUGUUGAUGCUGUUGAUGCAUCUGGAGGAUUAGUAGUAGCUUGGUCCCCUGGGGUUGAUGCCUCGGUGUUCUUUCAUUCAAAUUUUUGUAUUUGCACGAAGAUUAAUGAAAAUGGUCUUUCUUAUGUUGUGGUCUCUGUCUACAUAAGUUGUAAUAUCGCCACUCGCGAUGAGCAAUUAUCCCAAUUACGAGAUCUCUGUAACUCUAUCCAGCUCGCCUAUGUUGUCAUUGGUGAUUUUAAUACUACUCUCCACGAAAGUGAGAAAGAUGGUGGGAAUGCUUGGAAUGCUGUUCAGUCCUUUAGUUUGCGCGAUUUUAUCCUGGACUUGGGCCUUCACGAUCCUGGUUUCCAAGGGGACCAAUUCACCUGGACGAACAGACGUAUGGGAGAUGCAUGUAUUCGUGAGAGGUUGGACCGGGCACUUUGUUCCCAAAUAUGGAUCACUCAGUUUCCGGAAACUUUGGUGAAACACUUCACUGACCAGGGAUUGGACCACCGUGCCAUUCUCCUCUCUGACCAACCGUAUCGUCGCCAUUGUCGCCCGCUUUUUAGAUUUGAUGCCCGAUGGGCUGAUAAUCCUGAGGUACGGGCUAUGGUGGACUAUGUUUGGAAGGAGGAGAUUCAGGGCACGCCUAUGUUCCAAUUAUGGGAGCGGCUGAAGAAACUUCGCCACUUGCUCUAUGACUGGAGUAGGGCGGGUACCACCAAUUCCCUGCGCAAUAUUAGAACCCUCCAGGCGGAAAUUGAUCAAAUCAAACUUAUCCAUCCGGUCGAUUGGGAGGCGGUCCGACCUCUGGAAACGGAGUUAAAUAGGCAAUGGGAGGCGGAAGAAAUCUACUGGCAACAGAAAUCUCGGGUCAAUUGGCUGAAAAAAGGGGACCAAAAUACUUCUUACUUCCAUACGGUCACAAGGACCAGAAGAAAGAAGAAUUUUGUUGCUGGGCUGCUUAAUGACUCUGGGGAUUGGAUCACCGAUGAGGCUGGGAAGGCUAGCUUGGCCAAUUCUUUUUACCAGCACCUGUUCACUUCAGAGAAUCGUGUAGGGAAUAUGAAUGACAGGGUGGCUAACCUCCCGAUAGCUCGCAGUGUCUCUCCUGAGAUGAAUGCUGCUCUCACAGCUACAGUCCAGCCUUGUGAUGUUCGAAGAACUGUGUUUGCUAUGGGUUCGAUAAAAGCACCUGGAUCUGAUGGUUUCACUGGCAAAUUCUUUAAGGCCUUCUGGGACAUUGUUGGCGAGUCAGUGAUUAACGCGGUCUGCUCUUUCUUUUCGACGAGCAAAAUACUGCGGAGCUUCAAUCACACGUGGCUAACUUUGAUCCCUAAGGUGGAUGCGGUGGAAAACAUGCGCCAACUUCGUCCUAUCAGUCUUUGCCAAUUCAUUUAUAAAGUCAUUACUAAAAUCAUGGCGGAGCGCCUGGCUGAACUCUUACCGAAUAUUGUUUCGGAGGGGCAAAAUGCGUUCAUUAAAGAGCGCCAGAUAGUGGAUAACGUUCUCCUUGGGCAUGAGUUAAUGCAUUACCUCAAGAUCAAGAAUCAAGGCAAGAAAGGUUACAUGGCUCUAAAGGUUGAUAUGGAAAAGGCCUAUGAUAGAGUCGAAUGA